AUGGACGGAUGCUCCGUGUUAUCUCCGAUCAAACAAACGGAGCACAAAAGGGUUAUAACAAUGGUGGUUCCGGCGAUGACAAAGAAGUUGUCCGGCCAACAAAAGUCACCGUGUCCAAGACUUGUAAGGAUAUCAAUGACUGAUCCCUAUGCAACCGAUUCUUCCGGUGAUGAAGAUGACGAGCAUUUCAGACGGUGGCGUGUGAAGAAGUAUGUCAAUGAGAUUAACAUACAAACGUCGUGCAAAACUACAAUGACGCCUGUCAACGGCAAGAAGACGACGACCGGAAAUAGGGAAUCCGCUCUAGAAGCGAAACAGAAGCCUAUGAAGACGAAGAGAACUCCGGCGGGUAACGUUAGGAAAUUCCGAGGAGUCCGGCAAAGGCCUUGGGGUAAGUGGGCAGCGGAGAUUAGGGAUCCGGCGAGACGUGUCCGAUUGUGGUUGGGGACGUAUGAUACGGCGGAGGAGGCUGCCAGGGUGUAUGAUAACGCCGCCAUUAGACUCCGUGGUCCUGGUGCUUUGACAAACUUCGUCAUGCCGCCGGUUUUGGAAAACCCACCGCCGGUGAAUGUUACAUCGACGUCCGACCAUGAUUCCAGCGAAGAGUCGCACAACCUUCUAUCUCCUACUUCCGUUCUCCGGUUUGAUGGUAACAGCAACAGUCAGUCAAGAGAAACACUUGAACCGGUCAAAGAAGCUGAAGAGUGCCAGUCAACGAAUGGGUCUUGUUUGAUUCAAGAACUUGACCCGAAUGUUCAUUUGGUAGUGGAUAAAAACGGGCCGGGUCCAUUUGGGGAUGCACCACCUUUUGAUUUCCAAUCAUUCGACCCGAUACAAUUUGGUGAUGAAGUUCCAUUUUAUAACAUGCAUGAUGAUUUCGGGUCACUAGACCCGAACCAAUUUGAUAAUUUUGAUACAAUACCAUUUGUUGACGACUUGAUUCCUGAUAUUGGAUUUGAAUCCCCCUCAACUUUAGAAAUAGAGAACUACUUUCAAGAUAUUUCAGAUAGUAUUUUAGAUUCAUGGUUUUUCUGA